AUGGAUGGGAAAAACUCUCUACAAAUAACUAGAAGUGGUACGGGUGACUAUGAUGAUGAUGGACAUGCCAAAAGGACUGGGAAUUUGAAGAGUGCUGUAGCUCAUAUCAUCACUGCUGUUAUUGGUUCUGGUGUUCUUUCUCUUGCAUGGAGCACUUCCCAGUUAGGCUGGAUUGGAGGGCCAGUUGCCCUGCUUUGUUGUGCAAUUGUCACCUAUAUUUCUUCAUUCCUCCUGUCUGAUUGCUACAGAACUCCUGAUCCUGUAACUGGGAAAAGAAACUACUCUUACAUGGAUGCUGUUAGAAUUUUUCUUGGUAAUAAAAGAACAUGGAUAGCUGGCUUCCUUCAAUUUUUGACUUUAUAUGGGACUGCUAUUGCAUAUGUACUAACCACAGCAACAAGUCUGAGGGCAAUUCUGGCCUCAAAUUGUUAUCACAAGAAAGGGCAUGAAGCUCCUUGUAGAUAUGGGGGUAAUAUGUAUAUGGUGAUGUUUGGAGUUGUUCAAAUCGUAAUGUCGUUCAUACCGGAUCUCCAUAACAUGGCAUGGGUUUCAGUCGUUGCGGCAAUUAUGUCCUUUACAUACUCAUUCAUUGGACUAGGACUUGGCAUAGCAACAGUCAUAAAAAAUGGAAGAAUAAUGGGGAGCUUCACAGGAGUACCAACCGAUAAAAUUGCUGACAAAUUUUGGUUAAUCUUCCAAGCACUUGGUGACAUUGCCUUCUCCUAUCCAUACUCCAUUCUCCUUCUUGAGAUCCAGGACACUCUAGAGUCUCCUCCACCAGAAAAUCAGACCAUGAAAAAGGCCUCAAUGGUUGCAAUCUUCAUUACAACAUUCUUCUACCUGUGCUGUGGAUGCUUUGGAUAUGCAGCUUUUGGUAAUGCCACACCAGGAAACCUCUUGACUGGGCUUUUGGACGGAUCUGGUUUUUUUGAGCCUUUCUGGCUCAUUGACCUUGCUAAUGUUUGCAUCAUUAUUCAUUUGGUGGGAGGAUAUCAGAUUUACAGUCAACCUGUAUACAGUACUGCUGAUAGAUGGGCUUCAAGAAAAUUCCCCAACAGUGGCUUUGUGAACAAUUUCUACAAAGUGAAACUGCCUUUACUGGGUGGUUUUCAGCUAAACCUUUUCAGGUUCUGUUUUAGGACAGCCUACGUGAUUUCAACAGUUGGUUUUGCAGUCUUGUUUCCUUACUUCAACCAAAUUCUUGGAGUGUUAGGAGCCAUAAACUUCUGGCCAUUGGCUAUAUACUUCCCCGUUGAGAUGUACUUUAUACAGCACAAAAUUGCAGCUUGGAGUAGAAAAUGGAUUGUUCUCAGAACAUUCAGCUUUGCAUGUUUUCUUGUCUCUGUAGUGGGCUUAGUUGGAUCCAUUGAAGGCAUUGUAAAAAAGAAAACUAGCUGA